AAAUCAUUAGUUUGUCAUAGGGUUUUAAAGGUUUGAUUGGAUUUUACAUCUUUUGAAUUACUUAAUCGAAUCAAUAUUACUUUGAAAUGAAAUUUGUUUGAAUAUUAUAACUUUGCCAUUUAAGAUCUUUACAUACACUACUCAGAAUGUUGAAUUCAAUAUUUCGGGGUUUGCUUAACUUUGAAGAACCUCUAAAUAAAGUAAUAGAAGUUCGUUCGGACAAUUACAUUUCAAGACCAAUUCAUUGUAGAGAAGAUUCUAUGUUGCUUUACUUACCAAAAAUACCCAAUGAUGGAAGAAAUUCUAAAGAUAAAUAUUAUGAAAUCGUGCUGCAUAAACCUUUUACCGAGAGCUUACAUCAGAUGUAUAGCUUAUUUAGAUCUGAAAGUCGCGAGGAAUGUGAAGAAAGAUUUAUUGUAUUUAAAGAAAGAAUUCCACUUUAUGUCAAAAUAACCAAGGAAUGUAAUGUGGCAAGUCUUCAAAAGAUAUGUGACACACUCUCAGAACAUAGAUCUUGGACGUUGGCUCACUUGGUUGCACACUAUGGACUUUGUGAACUAUUCAAUGAUCCGGAUAUACAGAAACAAAUUGAUGAUAUCGAUCCCACCAUGGGGAUAACGCCAUUAAUGGUUGCAAUUAAAAAUAACAACAUCAGAAUGGUGCAGAGUCUACUAUCGUUAAAUUGUAGAUUGGAUGUAAUUGAUACAGAGGGCAACACAGUGUUCCACUAUGCAGCGGCCAGUAACAAGGAAAUUGUUAAUGCCUUGACGGCAAAGACAAUAUCUUUCCUGAACAAGUAUAAUAAGCAAGGCUAUACGCCGUUGCACAUGGCCUGCCUCGCGGAUGCACCUGAUUGUGUACGCGCCCUUAUACUGGCGGGGGCGGAUGUUAAUCUGUCGGCAACGCCCAGAAGUUAUAAUACUAGUACAAUACCCGCAACUUCAACAGGUUCCACGAGUUCAGUGUUGCCAGGUAUCGUGGGUGAUGUGCUUCAAGACAACCAGCCGAAACUUUAUCAGCAGGACAUGAAACGAGGCGGCACUCCUUUACACUGGGCUAUAUCGAGAGAGGUCGUGGAGGCGCUUGCGAACAAAAACUGUGACAUCAACGCUGUCAACUUUGAUGGGAGAACCGCCCUUCAUAUUAUGGUUUUAAGGGGCAGAUUGGAAUGCGCUAUUGCGUUACUGUCGAGGGCCGUUGAACAUUCCAUAGGGGAUAACGAAGGGAACACACCAUUACAUCUAGCAGCGAAACAGACUAAUAUAGCCAUUGUCCAAGCGCUUGUAGUUUUUGGAGCGGAACUGGAAGCGAAAAAUAAAGCUGGGUUCACAGCGAGACACAUCGUCCCUAAAGAAAUGUCGAACAACAACUACGAUAAGAUCCUUUAUAUACUGCACUCUGUUGGAGCCGAACGAUGUUCGUCCAGCACUUCCGGUUGCGGUCCUGGCUGCGCUGCCCGCGGUGAGUACAAUGGGGUACCACCUCAGGCAGUCGCGCGCGCCGCCACCAGGGAGAUGGUCAGUGAUAUGCUCACAGCUGCAACCAUGGCCCGCGCCGCGGCCAUGAACGCCGACGAGAAGGUUGGACGACUACUUUGCUUAGACGGAGGGGGGAUCCGUGGCUUAGUGUUGGUCCAACUGCUGCUAAACCUCGAGGCUGCGGUGGGUAGACCUAUCAUAGAGUGCUUCGACUGGGUCGCUGGCACCAGUACUGGGGGAAUUCUAGCUUUAGCAUUGGCCACCGGGAAGAGUUUGAGGGAUUGCCAAAGGCUGUACUUCAGAAUGAAGGAAUACGCCUUCGUGGGAUCGAGACCGUAUCCUUCGGAGGCUUUGGAGACAAUUUUGAAAGAAAAUUUAGGAACGCAAACUGUCAUGGCAGAUAUAAAGAAACCGAAUUUAAUGAUACUGGCCGUUCUGGCAGAUCGCAAACCAGUUGAUCUGCAUAUAUUCAGGAACUACCAGUCCGCGCAAGAAAUAUUAAACGAGUACAACGGAACUACUAGUCCUCAUGCGGAAGCUGGAGACCAAUCUACUGUGGUGUCUCUCCCGCCGCCACCGCCUCCUUCGCAACAGCUGGUAUGGGAGGCGGCUCGAGCCACCGGCGCUGCACCUUCCUACUUUAGGGCUUCGGGCAGGUUUCUGGAUGGUGGUCUGAUGGGUAACAAUCCAACUCUAGACGCGUUGACCGAGCUGGCGGAACUACGACUAGCGCUGGAAGGCACCGGCCAGCACGAGAAAGCCAAAAACACUUACCUCAAGGUCGUAGUUUCCUGUGGAACUGGUCUCAUUCCCGUUUCUAAAUUGAAAGACAUAGAUGUUUUCAAGCCAGAAAGUUUAUGGGACACCGCUAGAGUGGCCUGGGGACUGUCUAACAUUGGGGGGUUGUUGGUGGAUCAGGCGACACAGUCGGACGGCCGCGUAGUGGAGCGCGCUCGUUCCUGGUGCUGGUCGCUCGGAGCCCCCUACUAUCGGUUCGCUCCUCAGAUGUCGUGGGACGUGGCAAUGGACGAACGACUCGACGAGCGGCUCGUCACAAUGCUGUGGGAAGCCCACGCGUACAUGCGCAGUCAACGAGAUAGACUCGUCGAACUCGCCACGCUACUGAGAUCCCAUGAUAUACCGAUGUCCGGUUAAUAGAAACUGUUGCAGGCUACAAGUAGGAUCCGUAAAGUAUUCAGAGGCGUCAUCCGUAGCAUCUGUAACUUUAUAACUAUAUAAGGGAUACAAUAAGAUUGUUUUAGUGAAACUGUCAUAAUAAAAUUGGUAUUCAAAUAAUUUAUUUAUAUUGUUGUUAAAUAAAAAGAUUAUUUAAAUAUUUACUUAGUCAAUAUUGUUAUAUUUUCUAUAGAACAAUGUGAUGAAAUAGCUUCCCAUGGAAUUGUUUUUAUUUUUUAUCUUUUUAUGUUGUGUCAUAUGUAUUUUACUUACGAAAAUUCCAUUAAGAGUAGUAAUAAUUUUAAUUUAAUUUUCUCUCUAUUUUAUUUGUUGAUUAGUUAGGCAUGAUUCUGUGAUUUAUUAUUAAUUUUGGCACAAUUGCUUCUGAUACUUUAUUUUGUUUUGAUGUUUUAGUAGCGGGAUGUUAGGAUAAUUAAUAAUGCACAUUAAACUAAAAUGUUUAGAAGAAUAAGUAAAUUACAAGCUUUAUCGCAAGGUUUAUAUCAACGGAGUGCUUAGAAUUGCAGAAGCAAAUGUGUAUUGACUGAUUGUAAUUCUUAAUAAAUGUGUAAAGGAA